AUGACGGACCUGCCUCCAAGCGAAACCUCGCCUUUGCUUGGGAAGCCGCACCCGGAUGAUGUCGGUAUUCCAGAAUGGCGACAUUGGCUCACUGAAUCAUGGCUGCAAGUGAAGGCAUCCAUUCCUGUUAUACUCGCCUACAUGCUGCAGAACAGCCUGCAAACGAUAUCUGUUCUGAUUGUUGGUCGACUAUCGCCCGAAGCUUUGGCAACAGCUGCUUUCUCGUACAUGUUCGCGAUGGCAACCGGUUGGCUAGUCGCGCUUGGAGGUACUACAGCGUUGGACACCCUCGCUUCCAGUAGCUAUACAGGCUCCAAAGACAAACAUGAUCUGGGUAUUCUCCUCCAGAGGGGUCUGUUUGUCUUGACCAUAUUUUACGCAAUCAUCGCCAUCGUCUGGAUCUUCUCUGAGCACCUUUUUCGAGCUCUGGGGCAAGAAGAGUAUAUAUGCGUCCAGAGUGCGAAGUUCCUGCAGCUCUUGAUCCCGGGAGGGCUGGGCUACGUCUGGUUCGAGGCCAUGAAGAAGUUCAUGCAAGCGCAAGAACUUCACCGACCCGGCACUUAUGUGCUUCUCAUUACCUCGCCGCUGAACGCACUGCUCAACUACCUAUUCAUCUACACCUUCGAUAUGGGACUUUACGGCGCACCGAUUGCUACCGGCAUAGCCUAUUGGGCUUCAUUCCUACUCCUCGUUACAUACGCUACCUUCGUACAAGGCCACGAGUGCUGGGGUGGGCUUGCACCACGUCGCGCCCUACAGCAGCUGUGGCCGUUCACAAGGCUCGCCCUUCUUGGCUUCAUACAUGUUGGUACAGAGUGGUGGGCUUUCGAGAUCGUCGCCCUGGUUGCUGGGCGCUUAGGCACACUAUCUCUGGCAGCACAGUCAGUCAUAAUGACAGCCGACCAGGUGAUGAACACAAUCCCAUUCGGACUAGGCGUCGCGGCUAGUGGUCGUGUGGGAAAUCUUCUCGGAGCACAAAGAGCUGUUGGAGCACGAAGAGCAUCGUUAUGUGCAGCAAUGUUGUCUGUGCUAUUCGGCACUCUUAUCCUUGCUGCUCUUAUGGGCACCAAGAACGUAUUCGGUCGAAUUUUCAACGAUGAUGACGAUGUCGUCGCACUUGUGAGCAAAGUCAUGCCAUUCGUCGCUCUGUUCCAGAUUGCCGAUGGCUUGAACGGAUCAUGUGGAGGAGCGCUCAGAGGUAUGGGCAAGCAAUGGGUCGGUGCGUUGGUGAACAUUGUCGCCUACUACUGCGCUGGGCUUCCGGCAGGUAUCUACCUCGCUUUCCAUGGCUGGGGUCUUUCUGGCUUGUGGAUAGGUAACUGUGCUGGGCUGUACAUUGUUGGUACGCUAGAGCUAGUAAUCAUCCUGCUGAGUCGGUGGGACAAAGAGGUGGAGAGUGCAUUGGGUCGAUUAGAUCAUGGAGAGUGA